AUGGAAGAAUUCUCAGCCAGUCCGCGGAAGAUCAGGCUAUCCUAUUCCGAUCCCGACGCCACCGACUCAUCAUCGGAUGAAUCGGAACCGCCGGAGAAAAAAUCGAAGAGAAUAACUCACGAGUUUGUCCUUCCGCAGGGAAGAAAUUUGAGAUUGGAGUGCGAUACGAAGGCAUCUGGCAAGGAACGCGGCGGCGGCGGCGAUGAAUUCCGGAACCUGAUCACGAAGAGGAAUUUUGUCGGCACGCACAAGAGGAAAUCGGGUAAGUACUCGGCCGAAAUUAGGGAUCGUCGGGUUAGGAAACGCAUAUGGCUGGGCACUUUCCGCACCGCGGAGGAGGCCUCUGCGGCUUAUCUCUCGCGGAAGCGCGAGAUUGAGGAAGAUUUGAGAGCGAGAAAAGGAAUCGUGUGGGUUUCUAGCAAGGAAACGCGGGAGCGCGAGAUUGAGGAAGGUUUGAAAGCGAGAGAGGGAAUCGUGUGGGUUGCUAGCAAGAAAACCGGGGGUUCUGAUUCUCCGUCUUCGGUUCUGGAAAUUACGGCCGCGGAUUCGUCCGAUGAGAGUGGCGGCGGUGGCACCGCCGUGCCGCCGGAGCGGAAGAUUGGGUUUCUAUGCGGCGUGCAGAUUGUUGAUCCGAAUGGAUUCUUGGUGGGGGAUUUCAGCAAGCUGGAUGAUCUCAGCAUUUCCACGGCGGACGACGGCGUCGUUUUGUUAGGUUAA